AUGGAAGGCUAUCGCAGCCUGGAAUGCAUCCCUCCUCCACCUGCUGCCGCUGAACCAGACCACUGGGAGGCCCCCGAUACGCCUCUGGGCCCCCCCUCAGAAUCAGAAGCCUCGGUGUGCGGCAGGGGAAGGGAUGCCCCCCAAGUGAGGGCGGAAUCGCCACCCUUGGGUGCCUCUCCCAGCAGCAACGGCCUGCAAGGGCCUCCGGCCACGCCUCCCUGCGAGGUUGCCGGAGCGGGGCCCAGCCAGAAGCCCCUUCCUGGAAGCCAGGAAGCCCCCGUCCCUUUUGACCGCUCUGUCUCGGGCUCAUCAACCUGCUCCUCCCUGGGAGGGUCCUCCCAGGAGUCGGACGACGUCUUCAGCGAUGCCGAAGAGAGGAGCCCCCUGGGGAAGAAGCGGGUGCUGCGGAAGACCAAGUCCUGGAAGACAUUCUUCACGAUGGUGCACUGGUCCUUGCGGAGACGCAGCUCUUGGGUCCAGCUGGCCGGCCACGAAGGGAAUUUCAAGCCCAGCGAAGGAGGCCAGAUCCUGAAGAAGUUCAGUUCCGUGGAAGACGCCUGCCUGGCAGAGCUGAUGGCUGACGUCCUGCGCCCCUUCGUGCCUGCCUACCACGGGGUGGUGGAGGUGGGGGGCGAACGCUACAUCCAGAUGGACGACCUGUUGUGCGGCCUCGACAUGCCAAGCAUCAUGGACUGCAAGAUGGGCACCCGGACGUACCUGGAGGAUGAGCUGUCGGAGGCGCAGCAGCGGCCAGCGGCACGGCGUGACCUGUACCAGAAGAUGGUGAAAGUCGACCCGCAAGCCCCCACCGCACAGGAGCACAGCCAGGGCGGCGUCACCAAGCCGCGGUACAUGCAGUGGCGUGAGGGGAUCAGCUCUAGCGCCUCCCUGGGCUUCCGCAUCGAGGGCGUCACGAUUGAGGGGGGAGCCGUGCGGAGGGAUUUCAAGCAGACUCGCACCAAGGAGCAGAUUGUGGAUACUUUCCUGAUGUUCACCAAGGCCCGCAUUGACGUUCUGAGCACAUACGCAGCCCGCUUGGAGAGCAUGAGCCAGGCGCUGGAGGAGUCUGCCUUUUUCAAGACCCAUGAGGUGAUUGGGAGCUCCCUGCUCUUCCUCCACGACCGGAAGGGCCAAGCCAGUGUCUGGAUGAUUGACUUUGGCAAGACACUACCCGCCCCGGAAAACCUCCCCUUGCAGCACAGCGUGGCCUGGGCCCCCGGGAACCACGAGGACGGCUACCUGAUUGGUCUACAGCACCUCACUGACACCGUGCAGGCCGCUCUGCGGAAGGCGGAAGAACGGGGGCAAGCGCAGGCGCCCCCCGCCAACCCUUGAGCUUGCCCGGAGGACGUCCUCCGUUGGGCGAAUCUGGACAGGCACCCAACCGAAGGAGGGGAGAUCCCAAGGCUGUAUUAACUGUAACGGCAAGCACACUGCAGAAUGGGGCCCUGGUGGGAUCCAGCAACAUUGCCACACUUGUUGCCUGCCCCAAAGGAGGACUAGCCUUCCAGCUGUUGGGAAAUAGCAGGGAGGGGAGCUGCAGCCUUCUGGGACCAGGGAGGAAGACCAGGAGCAUCUCAGGACACCCAGAGAUCAACGAGGGAGCAUGUAGGAACGCAGCAACGCUCCUGAGGUCGACACUGCCAUUGGAAUGGGCCAGUCCUCCCCCCGAUUCCCUUUGCUCCGGCUGGGACACCUGGGAGGUGUAGAGACACCCAAAGUGGACAGUGGCAGGAGUGGAUGCCAGGCUGGAGUGGGUGGGAGGCAGAGGCUGGUGCUGUAACCUUACAGCCAAGGGGAGCUUUGAGCUCAGACCACCCCCACCCCCUUUGUGGCACAUCACAAAGCUCAGGUGAGAGCCGGGUGGGAUGAAAGAACCCCAGCGCAUCCCUUCCCAGGCACACAGGUGCAUCUCUUAACAUGCAAACGUCUUUCUCUCUGUGCAUUCAUAUAUUGAGACGCACACACCUGGGCAGUCAGGGGUCACCCAGGUAGCGGAGCCUGGGUUUCUGUGGAGGAAGGAGCAGAUUCUGCCCUGCAGAGUUGUUUCUCCCCCCCCCCCCCAGGCCCACAUGAACCAACAGUGGUCCUGAGCCCAUUGUGGGGCUGAGGGGGGGCACACUGGCACUCAACCGGAAUGGGUGGGAGCUGCAGGUAGGGCCUUGUCUGGGAUCCAGUGGAGGCUGGGAAGGAGGCUGGACUUUUUAUUCUCCUCAAUAAAAAUAAAAUCCUUU